GAGUAGGGGGCUUAAAGACUGAGCUACGGGGAGGAGCUUUGUGUAAAUAGGCGGAGCUUUGUUCCAGCGCCUACCACAGGAGAUUGAAGGAUUUCUCAAACAUGCAUGAACGAGUCAAAACAACACGCUGGUAUGUUUCUGAUGAGGAGUGACAUUAUAACAUGAACUCAAUUUUGCAUACCCGCCCCCCCUUUAAAUCUGAAUAAUAUUAAGGUAUUUUAUGGGUGUCAGCUAGCAGAGGUCACACUGUUAGUGGAUGAAAAGGAAAUUGCGAGUGCUCCAUAUUUCACCCCUUUGUUUACUCUGCAGCAUCUCUAAUGAAGUGAGAAGAUCGCUGAGUGAUAUUUUUACCUUUUAAUCAGAGACGGAUGUAAAAAUGUUCUGUCAUUUUGUUUCUGUAAUUUUCUUGUUUCUUUCCUGCUGAGGGGAAAAAAACGUAAUUAAGGAGUCGAGAGCCUGAUUUAUGAAAACCUGUCGUUGCGGCGCUGUUGUUAAAUAUAUUUUCUUUGUUAUCUUGUUUUGCAGAUUUAUCGCUGCGAGACCUUUCAGGGUGAAUAAAGAUGACAUCUUGGAUCUGUCAAUGAUUAAAUCAUGUUUUUUCAUUAGGUAUUUCAGACUCACUAUGACWAAUUGCUGCUGUGUCACGCUGUCAAAACAUGACAUUCAGCCAAGGAAUCCGGACAACGUGAUCUAUGGAUUGUUGGCAAAGGCUGCUGCAUUUGUAAAAUGAAAUGGAAAAGCAGUUCAUCCAGCUGGGAAGGGUUUUCUUCUCUGCGCCGGAUGGGGCAGACAACAGGGGGAGUUGUAGAUCUUCAUGAAUAGCUUCAGCCAGGAGUUUACGAUGGUUCCAGCUGAGAACAUCAGCGUGUUGUCUCCAGCAGAUUUCUGCCCAAACUGCAGCUCCUCCACCCAACCAGAGGUCGACGUCACCAAGGRGGUGGUUCUAGGGCUCGUGCUGGUGGUUUUCAUCGUGUUCGGAGUCCUGGGCAACAUCCUGGUCAUCCUGUCUGUGGUCUUCCAUCGCCAGUGGCGCUCCGUGACGCAUUACUUCAUCGCCAACUUGGCCGCCGCAGACCUGCUGCUCAGCUUCGCCGUCCUGCCCUUCUCCGCCACCUCCGAAGCUCUGGGCAAGUGGGUGUUCGGGCGUGACUUCUGCAGCGUCUGGGCCGCCCUGGACGUCCUCUGCUGCACCGCCUCCAUCCUCAGCCUGUGUGUGAUUUCCAUCGACCGCUACCUGGCUGUCAGCUACCCUCUGAGGUAUCCYGCCAUAGCGACCGGGCGGCGAGGCCUGACCGCCGUGGCUGCUCUCUGGGGAGUCUCAGCAGCCAUAUCCGUGGGCCCUUUGUUUGGAUGGAAGGAGCCUGACCCGGAAGAUGAGACGGUGUGUCGGAUCACAGAAGAGCCGGGCUACGCUUUGUUCUCAGCUUUGGGGUCGUUCUACAUCCCCCUGGUCAUCAUCCUGGCCAUGUACUGCCGCGUCUACACCGUGGUGAGGAAGGAGACCAAGACCCUGCGGGAGAGCAGCAAAGGCGAGGAGGUGGAGAUGGAGGGCGUGAUGCUGAGGAUACACAGAGGGAACUCUGCUCAGGCAGAGAAACACGAGGGCGAGGAGAACGCCAUGAACAAACGGCCCUCCUUCCACCUGCCAAAGAUGCUGAAGUUCUCCGGAGAGGAAAAAGCKGCCAAGACUCUGGGCAUCGUGGUCGGCUGCUUUGUUUUGUGCUGGCUCCCGUUUUUUCUGGUUUUACCCAUCGGGUCUAUUUUUCCGUCCUACAAACCGUCUGAAACCAUCUUUAAGAUAACCUUCUGGCUGGGUUACCUCAACAGCUGCAUCAACCCCAUUAUCUACCCGUGCUUCAGUCAGGAGUUCAAAAAGGCCUUCCACAACAUGCUGCGAGGGCGCUGCCUGAGAGCCGGGACUCCCGCCGCCAAACAGGGACCCGUCGGCUCCCACUCCUCCGGUCUGGGCCCAGCAUCCAACGCGCCCGUUACCACCGUCAGSAACCGGCCCGCUGCGUCUCCGUGGGCUUGCUGCGGGACACUGUCGACCUCGCCGUCGUGUGCCGGCGGUAAAAAACGAGCUCAGAGGAAAGGUCUGCUGAAAGCCUGGUGCCUUUCAGCGAGGCGGACCUCGGGACCGCAGACCCCCUCCACGAACGGGUCGGCCAAGGUCUUGCAACUUUCUCUUGGCAUUUCAGGAGAAGCUGUUUAAUUMGCUUCUUGAGAAUUCUGGGCAUCCAGACCUCAUUUUUCAGUCUUCUCAGUGGCACAAUUAUAAAACAACUCCUGGGUAAGAGAAUUCCUGAAAUGCAACAAAUGACUUGCUCAGACAGGAAGUUUUGGACUUGUAUUUUUGGUUUAAGCCAAGCGUACGAACACGAGGAGGCACAUCAACAGAGCUUAAAAAUGAAGCGAUCACUCUGAAUGAAAGUGUAGGAGAACCCCAGAGACAUGAUUUCAUUAAACAUUAGUGGUAUUUCUGCAUUUUGGACUAAAACCCUUUGAGGCAGGAUAUUAAAACACUCUGGGGAUAAUUAUCAUUCACUAACAGCUCAGAGAAACCAGGUGUGGGAGUGUGUGUGUGCAUUUUGUGUGUGUGACCUCUGUUCUGAUAAAGAAAUGAGCAAGAUUCAUGUCAUUGAAAGGAAAUGUCAAGAACUGAUUAUUUUAUUGAAGAAGGAAAAUCUCUGCUGCUUGUUUUAAAGACUUUACCAAAGCUUUUUGUGUUUACAUCAUCUGUGAUGUCAAAUAAACGAAGUGCUGAUGAUGGGA